AUGGCCAUCACCCUCAGCCCCGCAGCCGCCAAACACGUUAGCAAAUACCUCGCCAAGCGCGGCAAAGGCGUGGGGGUGCGCCUGGGUGUUAAAACCACGGGUUGCUCAGGCCUGGCUUACAAGCUGGAAUACGUAGAUGAGCAAGACCCCAGCGAUGUGGUAUUUGACAUCGCCUCGGAGAGUGGCGAUGUCAAAUUGCUGAUAGACCCCAAAAGCCUGCCCUACCUGGACGGUACGCAGCUGGACUAUGUGCGCGAGGGUUUAAACGAGGGCUUCAAGUUCCACAACCCCAAUGAGCGCGAUAGAUGCGGCUGCGGUGAGAGCUUUCGGUUUGCGCAAGAUGCGGAUACUCUGACUGCCAAGUGGAAGGCCUUGCAAAUGCAGGCGCACCCAGACAAAUUUGCCGCUGAUGGCGCAGCCGCGCAACGCCUUGCCAUGCAGUGGAGUGUACGCAUCAACGAAGCCUACCAACGCCUGAAGAACCCCAUUAGCCGCGCCGCCUACCUGUGCCAGCUAAACGACCACCCUAUAGAAGGCAGCAGCAACACGGCUAUGCCGCCCGAUUUUUUGAUGCAGCAAAUGCAGUGGCGUGAGGCUUUGGACGAGGCGGAUGAUGACGCUGCGCUAGACACGCUUUCUAAAGAGGUGCAUACG